AUAAUUGUGAGUCAAAUUGAACCCCUGACGGAGCAACAAAUACUGGGAAUAUAUGGGUUGCAACAGUCUACGCAAGAGGCAGAAGAUGCUCUCUCCCAAGGGCUUGAGGCUCUCAAUCAAUCUCUCUCGGACACUAUAACAUCUGACUCACUGAGCUGUCCGCCCAAUAUGGCCAACUUCAUGGGACAGAUGGCCAUGGCCAUAAAUAAGCUCUCUACUCUAGAAGGUUUCGUGAGACAGGCAGAUAAUCUGAGGCAACAGACCAUUCACCGUCUGCAUGAGAUACUGACGACGCGGCAGGCGGCGAGGUGUAUGCUGGCCAUCGCCGAGUACUUCCAUCGUCUCAGAGCUCUCAGUUCUCUGUGGAUGGGACGACCUCGUCAAGAAUGACCGUAACGUAAUCUUGGAUUGGAGCUUCCUCCGAAGUAGCCAGCCAACCUACCUACCUACCUACAUCCUGAAUUAGCCUUUAAUUAAUUAAUUAAUUAAUCUCCUUGUUAAUUAACUUUCUUUCUUCUAUUAUUACUAUUAUAAAUUGAAUUGAAUUGAAUCCAUGUGUCUGCUUCAGCUUCCACCCUGCCUUCUCCCCACGCUA